GCGCCAGGGCCGAUGUCAACUAUCGAUGUGAUGAGUGCCGACACGCGUGCGAGCGCCAGGAAUACUUCGAUUCACAUCACGCCCGAGACGACCGGGCGUAGCGUUGGCCCGUUGGCUGUUGGCUGUUGGCUGGUAGGUACCAUGCUACAUCUAUCUCCUUCAAACGCCCAGAGAACUGCUACCCACGAGCCUCUGCGCAUCUCGACGCCGCCCGCCUUUCUCGACGACGCAGCUCGCGACACCGAACCGUCAAGCGUGCCUACCAAACGAGGCAGUGUGAGGCCUGCAGGCAGAUGCUUCUCGUGUGACUUGGACAAGGCCUUAGCCAUAUCCGCCGCCGACAUCGAUCGAUUCAGAGAUGGCGCUUCAACCGCUCUCCGUUGGAGAUAUCUUGAUGCUAAGUCAGACCGCUUGGAAGAUUGGUAGAGCUUUCACACAUCGCAAGAAGAGUGCGCCAUCUGAGUUCACCGGGGUCGAGCGAGAAGCAAAUGGACUGAGUGAGGCCCUCAAGCUGCUUGCCGAAGCUCUGCACGAAGAUGGGAGCAUCUUAUACCAUGCCAACGACCCUACGAAAUCUGCCGUCAACACCAUUCUCGGCAGCGCUCACAAAACGCUUGACGACCUCGAAGGCUUCGUCGAUCGAUAUCAGGUCAUCAGGAAGAAGGAGACGGGAGACGGCUUCGUAGUAGAGCGAAGUUGGAGCGAAGUGGUUCUGGCCAACUAUCGAACAUUCAAAUGGACGACAGAAGGAGGAGAUAUCGCCGACUUGCGGAAUAUGCUCGCAAUGCACACCAAUUCAAUCAAUUUGACCAUGCAAGCGUUGCAGUCUCGCUCAUUGUCGAGAUUGGAGAGGACAGUCAUGCCAAUGUCGGAGAACAUCGCGAGCAUUCACGAUCGGGUCAAUGGCGACCUUGGCGUGAAGAUUAACGACCUGCACCAGAUCAUCAUGGGUAUCGCUAAUGGCACUCCUUCAUUGAUCGCUAGAGACAGGCAGAUCGGGUCAGGAAGUGUCAGGGACAGCUCAAGCACAGUAUCGACACUCGAAAAGUCGCUAAUGCUGCCGGAGCAGGACCAGAAAUUGUUGGAGCCACCUCCACGAUCAUCGAGCUUUAUGCCCCCACGCCAGAAAUCCUACCCGCGUGGAUCCGGAAAUGCGACGAAGGUUGCCGCUUACACGACGGGAACUGCCAGUGUGAGGUCAGACGGAGAGGAUUCAGCUUCCUAUAGUGCAGAAUAUCCACAACAUGGUCAUGCUGAACAUCAGCGGCGUGCCAUGGACUGGGGCUUUGAGACCGGCUCGCCGAUGGUGGCGCGAGGCAGUAUCGCUGAUGACAACGAUGCACAGUUCGGAGCGUCACCGAACGACAGCGCGUAUGGUUCGUUGUCUCGCAAAAGAUCGCGAUCCGUAGGCACGAACGAAGGUCCGAAGUUUGAAAAGCAACUGUUUCGCAACGCUGCCAUCCUGUGCGACGUCCGGGGCAAGCUUGUGGAGUAUGCUCACUUCAACUCCGAGCAGCCUGAUCCACGGUAUCAGGUAGAGAUGCUGGAGGCAUGUAAAGAGGCCAGAGUAGUCGUGAUCCGAAAACGAGAGAACCGAGAGCACGGCGGCACGAAGGUCGUCACAUCAAUCUGGUGUAUAUCGGAUGACGGCGAGGUACGACUUCAGCAGAAGCUGUCAGAGACUGGGGAGACAGUCCCAUACUGCUCCUACUUCGAAUCAGAAAAGGUCUCUCUGCAACCAGACGAUCCGAAAGAGGACAUUGCGCUCAAGUUCCACUCCGAAGAAUGGGGACAUAUGCUGAAAGAGGAGAAGAAGACGAAUUGGGUCAAUUACUACUUUGUGUCUGAGAAGGAUGCCGUUGCGUUCCAGUCUGCCAUUUACGGGCGCAUGCUGAUGGGAAGCUAUCUUCGCCAACAUCGAAUGCUCCGACUUUGGGAAGAUGAUGGCGUGUCCACUCCAGGCGCUGCGGGCGGUGUCCUGGCGCUAAUGCAUAUCAGCUCGAACUUCGGAGAAGGCUGGGCGAGAUGGUGGAUGAAUAAUAGCAAGCAGCAGGUGAAGAUCAAAGAGGACGGAGCAAAGUAUGCCAAAGUCAAGGGUCUUGAUGUGAAAGUCGUGAAGCCCGGCACGACUGCGGCCCAGAUCGAGCGCACAAGAGUAGCGUCAUUCGCCGGUGAAGAGGUCGCCAAGAUCCAGGCUGCGACCAAAAAGAGUUCAACACUAAAGCAGGUUGGAGGCAUCAGGAUCGAAUUCAAGUCCGAAGAGGAGCGUAAUGCAUUCGUGAGCAUGGCGAAGAAAUGCCAGGAGAAUCUCAUACCAUUACCUGAACUAUGAUGAUGAUGAGGAGGAGGAUGACUUAAUGAUAUGUUUCCACCACAUGAUACCAUUUCGCGAAGGACUCAGGACGCGACACUACAGCGCGCUCAUAUGACACGAGACAGUAGAAGAAGGGAAACUGUACAAAAC